UCGCCUAGAUGGGAAUCUUGGUCGGCAUGGCGAGUUGGGCUGAAGAGCCUGUUUCUGUUCUGUGGGGGCCGAUUGGGCUGGGACAGAGAGGUCAGGAAGGACCCGGCGGGGGUUUUCUCGCAGAGGACACACCAACUACUGGAGAAAAUGAGCAGGUCGGGCAGCGUGUGUGGUGGGAGAAACUCCCCGGGAAUCCCAGCAGCGCCGCCCCUCGACGCAGGUCUCCACCCGAAAACAGUUCCUCUGCCCCCACAGACGCUGCUCGACCCACUGAGUCCCUCCGGCAGACUUGUGUCCCUGGGGAUCUGCACCGGCGCCGCCCGAACUUUCCCCGCGCUACGUCUGUACUUCGAAUUCCCGGGAUCCGCACCGGCUCCCGGGGCCCGUUUACUGCGACAGAACCGAGGACGGGACGGUUUCCGUCCCUGGAAGGUCCCGCACCCGCUGCCUCUGAGCGGGUUACCGGUCAGAGGUGUGGGUGAGCUGCGGGUCUACUGUCCCCGGAAGCCCGCAGCAGUCCUGACGCAGCGAGGAGCCUCGCAGUUCCUCGGCAGAGCGCGGCGCGCCAAUGUCAUCUUCGAGGAGCGCAGGCAGGGCAGCCUGGAGCGGGAGUGCGUGGAGGAGUACUGCAACAAGGAGGAGGCGCGGGAGAUCUUCGAGAACAACCUGGAGACGGAAUACUUUUACCCCAAGUACCUGGAUUGCCUCAGCCGCCACCGGUCACACACUCCGAGCAUGAUCUACCCCUCCCAACAGCUCUCCGGCAACCUGAAGAACUGCAUCCGUGGUACAGAAAUCCCAGACCAGUGCUCCCCCUCGCUGUGUCAUCGGGAAGGAUCUAUCCGCUGUGUGGACGGGAAGGCUGCCUACAACUGUGUCUGCAAGGAAGGCUGGCAAGGGGAGCGGUGUGAGAAAGAUAUCGAUGAGUGCCAGUUUGAGGAGAGGGUAUGUUCACACUCCUGCCGCAACUUUCCUGGGAGCUACCGCUGCUUCUGUCAGGACGGCUUCUACAUGAGUUCAGACAAAAAGACCUGCGUUGAUCGGAAUGAGUGCUUCUGGAAUCCCAACAUCUGUGGGAAAGCUUCCUGCAAAAACAUGCCUGGGAGCUACGAGUGUGAAUGUAACGAAGGUUACAGGUUCAACUUCACCAAGGCAGAAUGUGAGGAUAUCGAUGAAUGUGCAGAGGGCAACUGCACACACAAGUGUUUGAACUAUCCUGGGGGCUUCACCUGCUUCUGUGAUGGGAAGAAAGGGGAAAAGUUGUCUGCAGACAGACAGACUUGUGAGGCAAUCCCCAUCUGUGUGGCCCUCCAGACAGUGAGGAAGCCAGACUUGCUCAAUAUGGGAGAACUCUUCGCUGGCAUCCCAGUGGUCUACCUACGCUUCAAGAGUCCCACAGACAGCAGGUUUACAGCAGAGUUUGACCUCAGGACAUUUGACUUGGAGGGUGUUAUAUUCUACGCUGAGACCCAGGAGAAUGCAGCCUGGCUUAUGCUUGCUGUUCGAAAGGGAAAGAUGGAGGUUCAGUUCAAGAAUGACCACAUCCACCGGGUGAAGAUCAGUGGUGGACCCCAGAUUAAUGACGGCACCUGGCAUACGAUCUCUGUGGAGGAAAACGAGAGCAGCGUGGUGGUGAAGGUCGCUCAUGAGGCAGUGAUCAAGAUCAACAGCCCCGGCCGCAUCUUCGCAGACAACACAACGACAGAGAUGAAGAUAUCGAUCGCGGGUUUGCCCAGACAAGUCCACCCCAUCACUCCACAUGUGAAUCCUCGGCUGGAUGGCUGCAUGCGGAGAUGGACUUGGAUGAACCAGGGAUCUGCAGGAAUCCAGGAGGUCAUUCAGAACAUAAAAACCAAACAGUGUUUUCAGAGCGUGGAGCGGGGCUCCUACUUCCCGGGACGUGGAUAUGCACUGCUUCCAUUAAACUACAGUACGGUGGAGAAUGGUGUCAGUGGUUGGAAGGUUGAGCUGAAGCUCCAGCUGCGCCCAUCAAAGGACACUGGUGUGGUGUUUGCAUUGGUCAGUGGGAAGGCAGUGCCACUGUCGCUCGCGGUAACUGAUGCCUACUGCCCAGAGACCAAGCAGCACUUGAUCCUGGCCAUAGACAACGAGAUUGUGUCCAGAACCGAGAGUCUGUACCUCUGCGAUGGAGAGCAUCACUCAGCCCACCUCACCAUCACCCCCCAGGAUAUCCUGUUGGAAGUGGAUCAGACUGUUUACAGGAGCCACUUAAACAGCUCGGCACUGAGGGAGCAGCUGGGUGUCCUGGAUCAGGCCAUGAGGGAGCCGCUCAACACCACCCUGGGGGGAGUACCAGAGGUUCCGGUCACUGCAGCGCCUAUCACAGCCUCCUUCACAGGAUGUCUGCAGACACAGAUUAACCAGAAGCAAAUUGACUUUGAUGAAGCCACUGAAAAGCACAAUGAGAUCCAGUCCCACUCGUGCCCACUGGUGCAGAGAGGGACCUAGUGUGUCAGACACUGUCACUGUAGGAAAUAUUCUUAAUGUUACAGAUCGCUGUCCACAUGGGCAUUGUUUCAAACCUCACAGGAAGUGUACAUCAUAAAAACAUUCCGCAACGUGUAGAAUUUAACUAAAAUGCAAUAGCUGGUAAAAUAUGAUUAAAGAGGGAGUAACUGUAUAUUCUGAAACUUUAUAACAACUGUUUGUCACUGUUUGCGUUUCAUUAAACCGAAGAUUUAUUGAAA